AACAAAGUAGUCCUAGAAGAGGGAAGAGGGUUCUGGAAGGAAGGAAGGAACUUUUUCUUCUUCUUCUUCUUCUCCACCUCGCCGGCCGGCCGGCGUCGUCUGCCAUCACCCACACCACACCACACCUAGCACGGAGAGGAGAGGAGAGGAGAGGAGACGAGCCAUGGUGUCGGACGCCAGCAAGAAGAAGGCGGCGCAGAAGAAGGCCGCCGCAGCCGCAAAGAGGGGCGCCAAGGUGCCCGCCUCCUCCUCCUCCGCAUCAUCUUCCGCCUCCGCCAACAAGACGGGGGCCCUCGCCGCCGUCCAGCUGUCGGACCGCACCUGCACCGCCGUCCUCACCUCCCACCCGCUCUCCCGCGACAUACACAUAGAGUCUCUCACUUUAACAUUCCACGGCCACGAUCUACUUGUAGACACUGAGCUGGAGCUCAACUACGGCAGGCGCUAUGGUUUGCUUGGUCUGAAUGGCUGCGGCAAGUCCUGCCUUCUCAAAGCAAUAGGGUGCAGGGAGCUUCCUAUCCCAGAGCACAUGGACAUAUACCACCUCAGCCAUGAGAUCGAGGCUUCAGACAUGUCUGCACUUGGAGCUGUCAUUAGCUGUGAUGAAGAAAGGGUCAAGCUCGAAAAAGAAGCUGAAGUUUUGGCUGCUCAAGAUGAUGGCGGCGGUGCAGCUUUGGAGCGCGUAUAUGAGCGGCUAGAAGCAAUUGAUGCAUCCACCGCUGAAAAGCGUGCUGCUGAGAUUUUGUUUGGCUUAGGCUUUAACAAGCAGAUGCAGGCCAAGAAAACUAGGGACUUUUCUGGCGGCUGGCGCAUGAGGAUUGCUUUGGCAAGAGCUCUCUUCAUGAAUCCAACCAUCCUUUUGCUCGAUGAGCCUACCAAUCAUCUCGAUCUUGAGGCAUGCGUGUGGCUGGAAGAAACGCUGAAGAAAUUUGACCGUAUACUUGUUGUGAUAUCACACUCCCAAGACUUCCUGAAUGGAGUAUGUACCAACAUCAUCCACAUGCAGAACAGGAAGCUGAAGCUGUACACUGGGAAUUUCGACCAGUAUGUGCAAACGCGGUCUGAGCUGGAGGAGAACCAGAUGAAGCAGUACAGGUGGGAGCAGGACCAGAUCGCGUCGAUGAAGGAGUACAUCGCACGCUUCGGGCACGGGUCCGCCAAGCUGGCACGGCAGGCCCAGAGCAAGGAGAAGACUCUGGCCAAGAUGGAGCGUGGCGGGCUGACGGAGAAGGUGGCGAGGGACAGGAUCCUGACGUUCCGGUUCGCCAACGUGGGCAAGCUCCCGCCGCCGGUGCUGCAGUUUGUGGAGGUGACGUUCGGGUACACGCCGGACAACCUGAUCUACAAGAAGCUGGACUUUGGCGUGGACCUGGACUCACGGGUUGCGCUGGUGGGGCCGAACGGGGCUGGGAAGAGCACGCUGCUGAAGCUGAUGACGGGGGAGCUGGUGCCGCUGGACGGGAUGGUGCGUCGGCACAACCACCUGCGUAUCGCGCAGUUCCACCAGCACCUGGCGGAGAAGCUGGACCUGGACCUGUCUGCGCUGCAGUACAUGCUGAACGAGUACCCGGGCAACGAGGAGGAGCGGAUGCGGGCGGCCAUCGGGCGGUUCGGGCUGUCGGGCAAGGCGCAGGUGAUGCCGAUGCGCAACCUGUCGGACGGGCAGCGGAGCCGGGUGAUCUUCGCGUGGCUGGCGUGGCGUGAGCCGCAGAUGCUGCUGCUGGACGAGCCGACGAACCACCUGGACAUUGAGACGAUCGACUCGCUGGCGGAGGCGCUGAAGGAGUGGGACGGCGGGCUGGUGCUGGUGAGCCAUGACUUCAGGCUGAUCAACCAGGUGGCGCAGGAGAUCUGGGUGUGCGAGAAGCAGGCGGUGACGAGGUGGGAGGGCGACAUCAUGGAGUUCAAGGAGCACCUGAAGAGCAAGUCGGGCGGCAUGUCGGAGGACUGAGCCGAGGUAGGUUUUGCUGUGGCUGCAGCAUCCGGACCUCCUGGCAUGCAUAUCUAUCUAGCAAAUGUGUAGAAGAUGUUUCCAUUCUGCUGCUGGUUGAGUUGUUUUUUUAGUACGUCUAGUCUAGUAUUGUAUUUGAAGAGGUGUUACCAUGAAGAUGAAGUUCUGCAUGCAUAUGACGGAUGAUGCUGAGAGUUGGCAAAGGCACCAAACAGAUGCAUGUAACGAACUAAGUUUAUUUUAUCAAGUUUUUGUCACCUGAAACUCUGUUUUUAUUCUGGCUGGCUGGCUGGCUUGUUACUUGUAUUUAUUUAUUUAUUAUUAAAAAUGGUUGUAUACUGCUUAA